UUCUUCUUAUUCAUGAUUAACUUUUUCUUCCUGGGAAACUUGUGUGCUUCCUGAGCCCUUGGGGCAAUCUUCUGCUGUUGGAAGGGAAUGUUAUCUCACACAGCGAGAUGAAGGAAACAAUGCUCCCCCGCCUGCCGGAUGCAAGCGUUCCGGGAUGCCCGGAAGGCGGAGAGAUCGCCCUGAAAUUUGAGAGGAAGGGGCUGUAGAGAGGGAGAAAAGUUUAAAAAGGGAGGAAUUGGCGGGAAAACAGGAAGAAAGGAAAGGGAGGCAGAGAACAGAGGAGGAGGAGAGCAGCGGAAGGGGAACGGGGGAAAAAAGCGAUACGCGAGGAGCGGAGGGCGAGAGACACAGAAGUGAAAGGAAAGUGCGACGAAAAAGAAUAGGCGCAGGAAGAACUUGCCGGGACGAUCGGCCGACAAAGGCAAGCGGGUAGCUGAAACGAAACCAGAGAGAGCGGGGUAACUUAGCUGUGGUAAUACUUCCAGUAAAUAUGGCCAGUGGAAACGUAAUUCCCUCUGAUGGAACAAACAUAAUCCAGACAUCCCAGGGGUUCCCCAGUGUUGCUGUUCAGGUAUCUGGAGCAAUUCCCUAUCCUCAGUAUGGAGCUCAGCAAUUUGGAACUUCCACUGGUGCUCCUCAACAAGUUCCCCAAACAGGCCGUUUGGAGAGAUUCCUCAAUGCUGAGAUCAAAGUACUUGGGACCGUCCAAAUCAUGAUUGGGUUGAUGCACAUUGGCUUUGGGGCUGUCGCAAUUUGUCUUGCUUCCGCAGGCUACAUUGCCUGGUCUAUAGGUUACUCCUUUUGGGGAGGGAUCUUAUUCAUUUCUUCUGGAUCACUAUGUAUAUCAGCUGCGAAGCAUCAAAACCGUAGUUUGGUGAAAUGCAGCAUAGGAAUGAACAUCACGAGUGCCAUAAUUGCAUUAAUUGGUAUUCUGCAGUAUAUACUUGAGAUUAGUUUUUCUUUAAAUGAAAAUUCAGAGGAUUGGAAAAAAAAUGUCGGCAUUUGCCUCUCCAGCGUGCUGUUCUUGUUCAAAUUGCUGGAAUUUUUCAUCACUGUUUCACUUGCACAUUUUGGAUGCCAGGCGAAUUGCUGUACUAAUGGCUCGGCAGCCAUGGGUUACGUGCCUUACCAAAUAGUCAGUGGAUUUGCACCACUCGCAACUGAACCAAAUUCAUCCUCUCCACCAACCUAUGAUAAUGUUGCCAAACCAGAGUAAGAAAAAACAACAAAGCCCAGGAAGAAAUUGUGAGAAGUGUUGCACAAGAGAUCAUAGGAAAAGCAAUUUAUAUUAUAUUGUUUUGUAUUACAGCCUUUAAGCACCACAUUAAAUGCUGGCAAGUUUUAAAGGAACUUUUUAAAAAUAAUAGUUAUAAGAAAGAAGCAAGAAUUUUUAUUGAUGCACAUAUUUUAUUAGUCCUUUGUUAAUAUUCUGGAUUGCAUUUCCUUUUUUAGGAAAUACUUUUGUAUUAUGAAGGAGGUCUGAUGUUACAGAAAAGAGGAAAAGAAAACACCUAGUAAAAUUGAAACACAAGUGAUUGGUAAACAAGUCAUUGGCAAUAGCAAUAUUAAUAGCAGUUACAUACAGCAAUUACUCUGAUCCCAAAGAGAUUAGUAGAAGUUUGCAUACAUUUAAUGUCAAGCCUGUAGAGUGUUUGAUACUGUUGCUUCCUGUAUAUGUACAAUAAAGCUGAAUUAGUGCUAAUCGAGUGUGUGCAUGAAAUUGCCUGCUUACUAAUUCAAAUAAUACCCCAACUGCAUGUUCAACUCUCCUUCUUCCAAGGAAAACUUGUUAGCUGUAAAUGUUGGCAAGUCCUUUAGCCUGGUGUCUUGCCAAAAUAGAGUUCGAGCCAGAAAGGCAGAUUAAAAUAGUUCUUUUUUAUGUCCAUAAGUAGAGAGGGCAUCUCACUGAUCCCUCAGCCAAAAGAGAAGCUUAAAAAGCUGGCCAAUUGCUUUAUACAUAGUUUAAACCUAUUGGCUUUGGAGUGAGUUCUUUUAUUGGUUAUAGUCAUUUUGACACAUUUCCGAGCAGUAGGUCUAGAAUGUAACUUGCAAAAUCCCAUAAUUUCUUAGUAUGAUUUUGUUAAUGCUCAUCUAAAUAUUCAGGACAUGUGGUUUGCAUAUUAUGAGUUUGAAAGUCA